AUGUCUCGCAGAUCUCUAGAAUCCCAAAGGCCUAUUAUGGCGCCUAGCGUCAACUCCUCCAAACGCACCUCAAAGCGCUAUUCUACAUACUCAGCAUCUCCAUCCUUCGCCACUACCAACACUGUCAACUCUCUCCCAUCCGCUGAUACUGGUAUGGCUGAGAUCCGUCAUUUGACCCAAGGACUGGAUAGACUCGAGAACAAGCACCUUUCCCAACAGCGCUUCGUUCCCAGUCAGAAGAAAACAGAUGACCUAUCCAAGCUGAGCUUGGGUGCCAAAAUCGAACGAGCUGUUGGUCGCAGAAUGAGUGAUCAGGACGCUGUUCUGAGAGUCAAGAGACCUAACAUGAUUGCCAAGAAAUCAAUCCCCAUCUCUUCUUUCCUUGGUGAGAAGAUGGAGCUCAAAGCAUGA